AAACGUGACGCUAUUGUGUUGCAUUUGUCUCUCCGGGAAGCCCACUCCUACUCCCCGGUAGCCGGUAGAGGCUGCCGUCCACCGGCUCGACAAGGCAGACAGACAGGCAGACAGACAGACAGACAGUCCUUGUGCUGAUGCGGGGGUGUGGAAGGGGGAAGUCCGCCUCACAUUUUCCUCCUCGCCGCUGUGCCCGGUCCUCUCCUCGGCGGUGGUAACCGAAUAGCCCCGUGUAAUCUGACACUUCAACUUGCCGUGCUCCACGGUAGUUGAUUCAGUCACUCAGUUGCACCGUGUGCUCGGAGGAGCAGCUCGAGAGAGGGAGAGAAAAGCACGCACGCGGAGGCUUUUUUAUUUCAGCGUCGCGGAGGAACGACGACUCGCUUCUCGGAACCCCCGAAGCUGCAACUCGGCCACUUGAGGAGUAGUCAGCGAGGGACCGCGCGAGGAAUACAUGAGGGGUCGGGGCCGCGAAGGUGCAGCGGCAGCACCGACAAGAAGCGGGCCUGUGAUCGAUGAGGAUUAAGGCGCCCAUUUGGUCAAAGUGAAACGCGGGAUCGCCCUCCUCCACCGAUCAACGUUCGAAGUUUCAUGGAGUCCCGGUAGAAGCGCCAAGAUGAACACGCUACCAUCCAUGGACCGGCACAUCCAGCAGACCAAUGACAGGCUGCAGUGUAUCAAACAGCACUUACAGAACCCGGCCAAUUUCCACUCGGCGGCCACGGAGCUGCUCGACUGGUGCGGAGAUCCCCGGGCCUUCCAGCGACCUUUUGAACAAAGCCUCAUGGGAUGCUUGACGGUGGUGAGUCGCGUGGCGGCGCAGCAAGGCUUUGAUUUGGACCUUGGCUACCGGUUGCUAGCUGUGUGUGCAGCCAACAGGGACAAAUUCACCCCCAAAUCUGCCGAAACCAGCACCUGCAGGAGAUGUCAGACUGACUCAGCCCUGCUGUCGUCGUGGUGCGAGGAGCUGGGUCGUCUGCUCCUGCUGCGUCACCAGAAGAACCGGCAGAACGAAUCGCAGGGGAAAGUGCCCAUGCAGCCCGGCAUGAACAGCAUGAAGGCUGGCCUCACGCACAGCGAUGGCUCCUUCCCCUACGACUCUGUCCCCUGGCAACAAAACCCGAACCAGCCCCCUGGGUCAUUGUCUGUGGUUACAACAGUGUGGGGCGUCACCAACACAUCGCAGAGCCAGGUUCUGGGGAACCCGAUGGCCAACAGCAAUAAUCCCAUGAAUCCCGGCGGCAACCCCAUGGCGUCGGGGAUGUCGGCCAGCGCGGGGGGGCUCAACUCUCCGCAGUUCAGCGGGCAGCAGCAGCAGUUCCCCAGCAAAGGCGGCUCCAACCAGCAGUACAUGCAGCAGGGCAUGUACAGCAGGCCCGCAUAUCCCGGAGGUCCUGGAGGAUACAGCGGCAGUUACUCUGGAGGCCCCAACCCCCCUCCUGGAGGUAUGGGCAUGGCCUCCCACACGCGUCAAUCCGGCGACUUUACGCAACCGGCCGCUGCCGCCGCCGCCGCUGCUGUCGCUGCGGCUGCUGCUACGGCGACCGCCACGGCAACGGCCACUGUGGCGGCGCUACAGGAGACGCAGAAUAAAGACAUGAACCAGUAUGGACAGAUGUGUUCAUCCUUCCAAAUGGGUCCCGCUCAGGCCUAUAACAGUCAGUUCAUGAACCAGCCAGGUCCACGAGGACCCCCCGGAGGGAUGAAUCCCGCCAGCAUGGGUUCGGGGAUGAACAACCCCAACAUGAGCGGGCCUCCCAUGGGCAUGAGUCAGGCCCGGACCCCCGGCAUGGGACCUUUCGGAGCUCACGGCCAGCGGAUGCCCCAGCAGGGCUACCCGGGGGGACCUCGGCAAGGCAUCCCCAUGCAGGGGAUGAAGCGGCCGUAUCCCGGCGAGGCCGGCUACGGGGGUCAGUAUGGACCUAACAGUCAGUUCCAGCCACAGCAGGGACAGUACCCGACUCCCAACGCUUCUCGACCCUUGCCUUCGCCCAACUACCCGGGCCAGAGGAUGCCCGUCCAGCAGGGCCAAGGACAGUACCCACCUGGCAUGCCCAUAGGCCAAUACUACAAGCAAGAGCCGUUUAACGGGCAGAGCACCAACUUCUCGGGUGGCGGCUACUCAUACGGGCAAGGAAAUGGGCCCCCCAGGCCCGGUAACUACCCUCACUCGCCAGUACCUGGCAACCCCACACCACCCAUGACGCCCGGUAGUAGCAUUCCACCAUACUUGUCGCCAAACCAGGACGUGAAGCCCCCGUUCCCACCUGACAUGAAACCAAAUAUGACAGCGCUUCCUCCUUCUAUUACCAACGAGGAGCUGCGGCUGACCUUCCCGGUCCGGGACGGCGUGGUGUUGGAGCCCUUCCGCCUGGAGCACAACCUGGCUGUCAGCAACCAUGUCUUCCACCUGCGGCCGUCCGUCCACCAGACCCUCAUGUGGAGGUCAGACCUGGAACUGCAAUUCAAGUGCUACCACCACGAGGACAGGCAGAUGAACACCAACUGGCCGGCGUCGGUCCAGGUCAGCGUCAACGCCACGCCGCUCACCAUCGAGCGAGGCGACAACAAGACCUCCCACAAGCCCUUGCACCUGAAACACGUGUGCCAGCCGGGAAGGAACACCAUCCAGAUCACCGUCACCGCCUGCUGUUGCUCGCAUCUGUUUGUGCUGCAGCUGGUCCACAGGCCAUCUGUGCGCUCCGUCCUCCAGGGGCUCCUAAAGAAGAGGCUCCUUCCCGCGGAACACUGCAUCACCAAAAUCAAGAGGAACUUCAGCAGUGUGGCAGCCUCGGCGGGCAGCACCACCCUCAACGGGGAGGACGGCGUCGAGCAGACGGCCAUCAAAGUGUCGCUCAAGUGUCCCAUCACCUUCCGCCGCAUCCAGCUCCCGGCGCGAGGCCAUGACUGCAAACACGUGCAGUGCUUCGACCUGGAGUCUUACCUGCAGCUAAACUGUGAGAGAGGCACAUGGAGGUGUCCAGUUUGCAAUAAAACAGCAUUACUAGAAGGUCUCGAAGUGGAUCAGUACAUGUGGGGUAUCCUCAACGCCAUCCAAAAUUCAGAGUUCGAGGAGGUCACCAUCGACCCGACGUGCAGCUGGCGGCCCGUGGCCAUCAAGUCUGAGCUGCACAUCAAAGAGGACCCCGACGGGCCGGUGGCAAAGCGCUUCAAGACCAUGAGCCCCAGUCAGAUGACCAUGCCCAACGUGAUGGAAAUGAUCGCCCAGCUAGGGCCCGGAAGCGGGCCAGGGGCCGGCCACGGUGCUGGACCCGGUCCCAGCCCUUAUCCCCCGCAUCAUCCCGGCCAACAUGCUAGUGGGAAUGGAGGAGAUUACCCGGGAGCAGGCCACCCUUACCACAGCCAAGGGAACUUUGACUUCCCUCAUGGGAACCCAUCUGGAGGCGGUGGUGGAGGAGGAGGGGGAGGAGGAAUAGGGGGUCCCCCUAUGAGUGACUUCAUCCACGGCCCGCAGCUUUCCCACCCGCCAGAUGGGCCUAGCGGUCUUCUGUCCCAGGACAAGUCCCUCAACCACGGCAUGAAUGACACGAUGUCCCAUCCCGAUCCGUCCCAUAACUCCAUGCAGCCGGGCUUGCAUGCUUCUCCCCACCCCGGUGGCCUAUCGGGGCCCUCCCUGCAUCACGGCGGCAACGGCCAAUCGGGGCCGCCCUUGCAUCACGGCGGCGGUGGGCCGUCGUCGUCGCAGCCGCCUCGCCCGCCGCCGCAGCCUCAGCCGCCCGGCCAGAACGCUCACCCGCACGCCGAUCUGACGUUUAACCCCUCGUCAGAUGGCCCGGACAUGCCCGAACCUUCGCUGGAUCUGCUUCCAGAGUUGGCCAACCCGGACGAGCUCCUCUCGUACCUGGAUCCUCCCGACCUUCCGGCCAACAGCAACGAUGACCUUCUCUCCCUCUUUGAGAAUAACUAACCUGACCCCGAUCCCCACUUCCUCCUUUGGAGCUCACCUCACAGGGCGACGCGUUUGACUGUCCGGUCCACAGACCCGUUGCCCGCCUCCCACUUUGACACUUGAGACUGCUUCCUAUGCGCACACGUGCACACUGUCUUUCUAGAAGAUGUGCUGCAUUGGACGGUGGAAAGAGAAAAUAAAAAAGAGGGGACGGUAACGCCGCUCAUCCCGGCACGUCUUUUUGUGUAAAGUCCACCAACAACAUCCCAGGCCUAAAAGAAAAAAGGCAACAUCAUGCAUAUGUAUAUACUUGAUAUACAUGUCUAUGAUACCUAAUCAAGUGUGCAGCUAUUACUAUCAUCACCUGUAAACGACAAAAGCCAGGAGACAAGGAAAAGCUUUUCUUUUUUUUUCUUUUUAUUUUAUUUUAUAUCUAAGCAUGAUUUGGCUUUUGUAGGAAAAAAAAUCUUGUGUGUGUGUUUUCGUCCACUUUUUCAAACGUGUUCUUCCAAGACGGCAGCACAUGCCGCGACCUUUGAACCCCCCCUUCCCCCUCCAGAGUGCACACGGCAAAUGGAGCGCACGACCUCACUGAACGGACGAGUGCUCGUGUGGUUGUGUGUGUGUGUGUGUGUGUGUGUUGUGGUCAUCCCGCCUGCAGCAUAUGUAAAAUGGGGAGCAAAUCCGCCGCCAUGUUCUUCUUCCACCCCGCAGACGCUCUAUUUAUUAUCACUUGUCACUCUUCCACAUCUUUUUUUUUUUCUUCGCAAUUGUGCCAAUGUGUAAACAUUGUUUAUCCAAUCUAUAUUUAUUGCUUUAGUACAUCUGUCAUUUUUUCUACAUCGUUGUCAUUGUCUUGUGCUUUUUUUUUUCCUCCUCUCCGUCCCGUGUCACCAAAGCUGAUAUUUCCUAUUUUUUGUUACUAUUUGAAUGCAACAUCUGCAGUCAUACAGCCUCCUUCCUUUAUUUGUGCGUGCACAACUGUUGUAUAUACGCUUUGUGAAUACUUUGUGACUGUGCAGUGAUGUGCCCAUCGAUUACUGUCAACUAGACAUGGUACUGUGUGUCACGCUCACUCUCACACACAGACACACACACAAAUACUGUACUCACAAACCCACUUCCGGACUGUUCCAAAUGCACUCUGGCCUUGUAUCGUGUGUGUCAGUGUAUACCCCCCCCCCCCCCCCUUGUCAUCCUUUCAUUUUUGUUUUUAAUUUUAAAUGUCAUGUGUUGGUAUUGUGUCUAAAAUAUGUGUAAAAGCAGCUUAGAGGUCCAAAUCCCCAUCUUCUCCCCAAAAAUAGUAUAUAUAGUAUACAUAUAUACAUUAAUUGGAUACUAUUAAACAAGAAAAUGUUCGUUGCAAAAAAUGCCUACAUUUUGUGUAUUUUAACCACAAUUCUUUUUUCCCUUCUCGUUUGAUGCAGUCAGUGAAGUUCAAAAUAUAUUUGUUUUCACCCCAUUAUAGUUUUUUUUUUUAAAAAUCCUUUUUAUGCAAACCAAAUAUGAUUUACUUUACUUGUCGAAUAUUCCUUUGAGUUUCAAUGUAAGACGAUGCACUGCCGCAUUGGGAUACGCCCUACACAGUCAUGUUUGCAUCCAAAUUGGACUGUCCACUUUUAGCCAAUGAAAGAAAAAUUCAUGCAAAAGAAAAACGCAAGAGUGGAUUGCGAGGUUGUGACUGUAAGGGGAUGUGCGUGCGUGCGUGCGCGCGCAUGUGUGUAAAUAAUGUAAAUGACAAAUAGAGACCCAUUAACAGAAAUGUAUUCAUUUUUCUCCAGAGGGAGUGUGCAUAGUGUAUUUAGAAUUUGUAAAGCUUGCAUCCUCCUGUCAGACGUCCCAAUUGAAAUCAUGUUUGACGAUCGCAGACCUCGCUCACCUCGCCUGUUCAUUGAUGUAAAUGACUUUAUGUAAGCCCUCCCUUGCAUGGAGGGGGGGCCCACGACACAAAAUACAUUUUUUUUCCCCUUUGUGUAAUUAUUCUGUGUAUUUCUCUAUGGCCUGUGUACUUUAUAAAGGUGCUACAAAAGGAUUCACGCCCUUCAUUAGGACUUGGAGAAAAAGCUUUAGAGUUUGUAAAGGAAAACAAAAGUCAUCAUGUCCAAUUUAUAGUUUUUAUGCAAUUUGGCAAACAACACUAUAAAGGUACAAUCGCAAGUGAUUGGCACAACAA